AUGAUUACAGGAGCAUCUAAAAAAGCAUUUAUGACAUUGUCAUCUAGAUCAUUGUCACAAUACUUUUCAGCAGCAACAACAAAUCAAAAAUUAUCGAUUAAUAGACAAUCAUCAUCGUCAUCGUCAUCGUCAUCGUCAUCUUACUCAACAUCAUCAUCUUAUUCGUUUUUACAACAAUCAACAAGAUUCAACAACAAUGACAAUAGUAUUUAUCAAAGACAUUUCUCUACUGCUGCCACUGUAAAAGAAGAAACAGCAACAACAACAUCAGAAGACUCUCAAAAUUCAUCUAUCCCUUAUCAAAUCUUAUCAAUUUCUAAAGAACAAUGGGAUAAAUGUAUUGGAUCUGAUAAUAUUUCAAAAGAGUUACAAAGUCAUUUCGAUAGAGUAGGUGUAAACAAGGAUAGAUCUACAUUACUCAGACAACCAACAUUCCAAGUUAUUGAAUGGUUAAAUAGAAUGAAAUCACAAAACUUUAUCAAACAAUCCAAAUCAGAUUAUGCUAUGCUUGUCGACGGAAAGAAAGGUUCUGGAAAGUCGGUUGUACUCAGUCAAUUGGCUUUUUGGGCAAAGCAACAAGGUUGGUUUGUAUUCUAUAUUCCAAGUUGUUAUAAAUUUAUUCACACUGGAACACUUUCACCAUUCCCCGAGAAUCCAAUGUUGUUUGAACAAAAUGAACUUUCAACUGAAGUACUCAACAGAAUGUUGACUGUCAAUGGAGAAAUGAUGAAGAAAAUUAAUUUAAAAACAAAGUUUAGAAUUCAAUUAAAUAAUUUUAGAUCAACUCCAGAUAAAACAUUGUAUGAUCUGGCCUCUUCUUCUCUUGAAGAAUGUUCAAGUGAAGUAUUGUAUCAUUUCAAGCGCGAACUUGAUUGUGUAACUGAAUUCCCAGUUCUCAUUUUACUUGAUGGAUACAAUCAUUUCGAUAGAGUAUCUGAAUAUGGUGACAUGUACGAUGUUGGUACAAACUUUUAUACUCUUCCAACCGAUAGACUAUUGGCAUCAAAUUUGUUCAAACCAUUACACAAUCAUACAUUGUCCAAUGGUGUUGUAGUUGCAUCGUCUACCGAUGAUGUAUCAAAAGAACAAUUAUUAUCAGAGUUUGAGCAAGAUCAAACUAUUGCAGUAAAUAAGAUGACCUUUCCCAUCACAAGAAACCGUUCAAUAUUUAUACCAAAUGUCAAGUGGAAAUGCCAGAGAUUUAUGGAAAUUCGUUUCGUUGCUUUAAAUCCAUAUUAA